GGACUGUAGAUUUAACAGUCAGAAGAUUAUUAAAUGGUGGUCGAAUAGCAGAAACGACAGAACGUACUGGUGGCUUUUGUGGUGGUACUUAUGUUGAUGAUGAGUUUCUCAAAUUCCUUGAGGAGAAAGCUAGUAAAUCUGCAGUAAAAAUGUUAAAAGAAAAGCAUUAUGAUCAAGUUAAUUUUAUGGUGCAUAAAUUUUUUUGUCCUGAAGUUAAAAUUCCUUUCAGUGGUAAAAAGGAUGAUUUCAAAACUAUUGAUUUUGAUAUUGAAAAAAAGUGUCCCGCACUUAUUAAGUAUAUAAACAGUCCGGAAAGUGACCGGUUGGAAGAGGAUGAAUGGAUUAUUGAGCUUGAUUUUGAUACUGUAAAAUCCUUUUUUGAACCCGUUAUUAGAAAGAUCAUAAGAUUGAUUAAUUCACAAUUAUCGAAAUGUUCAAAUUGUUCUGUAUUGUUUUUGGUUGGAGGCUUUAGUGAAUCAAGGUAUCUUCAGCAUAGAAUUAAAGAAGAAUUUGAAAAUAAAAUAAAAGUAGCAAUUCCACCUAAUCCAGCUGCUGCAAUUUUGAAGGGUGCGUGUGAAUAUGGGCUUGAUAUGAAAACUGUAGCUACAAGAGUAUUAAAAUGGUCAUAUGGAAUUAAGGUUACGAGGGUUUGGAAAGUCAGUGAUCCAAUAUCCCGUAAAAACUCUAAAGGUCGGAUAGAUAAGUUUUAUUUAUUAGCUAGUAAAGGGAUAGAAGUGGAUGCGGAAAAGGAGUUUUCCACUAAACAUUAUCCAUUUCCAACUUCCACCUCCAUAUUUUUUCAAUUUUUUUACACUUCUGAAUAUAAUGCAACAUAUUGUGAUGAACCUCAUCUGAGACAAUUAGGUAAUUUCACAGUUAGUGGUUUGCCUACUGAGAAAUCAGGACUGGAUCGUUCUGUCGUUUCUGCUAUUCGACCACCAUUUAAUAAUCUUCUGACUGUUAAAUCUACA